AUGACUCGCAAGCAGAAAAAAAGCACCAAGGUUACUCUGACAAACGACUGGCUUGAGAUGAAUGAUGAGCAGCUCCGAGAAGCAAUCAUUGAAGAUGCCCGACCAUGCUAUCCUGAGACUCAACCAUCAAAGCCGCUUCAAGUCGAUGCCGUGAUGGGUCUUGUGAAAAAGCGAAACACCUUUGUAAUGGCCGGAACGGGUUUCCGAAAGUCAAGAAUCUCCGAGAUGCACUUACAUCUGUUCCCUGCGGCCACAAAACCGGUUGUUCUUGUUUUGAAUCCGCUAGACGCACUGGGAGAUAAUCAAGUCGAGGAGAAGAUCACACAGAAGUAUACAGCAAUCAAUCUGAAAAAACUUACAUUCAAUGCUAAGGUUGCGGCAAGAAUCAAGAAAGGCGAAUUCAAUUUUGUCUAUUUAAGUCCAGAGAUAUUCUUGAACAACCAGAUGUUUGUGGAGCUCUUUCACGAUUCCGAAUUUCAGAAUCAUUUGGUUUCGAUUGUAGUCGAUGAAGCCCAUAUGAUAUAUGGGUGGGGCAUGGUUGCUAGUGGCAAAGCAAAAAAAUCUUCGGCUCAUAAACAACAUGGAGACCGAUCAAUUUUUCGUCCAUCGUACGGAGAAAUAUGUCGACAACUCAUGGCUACCCAGGGGAUACCGGUCCUUCUGCUUUCAGCAACUUGUCGGCCUCAGGCCCUUGAGGCCAUUCAAAAAAACCUGAAGCUUACUGAUGACAACAUUGACAUCGUAAGGGCUGAGCUUACACGCCCCGAGAUUCGAAUCCUACAGUUUCCAAUGAGAUUGUCGCUCAAGUCAGUAAAAGAUCUUACGGAAAUGUUUGGCAAAGAAGAAGAUAUUCCAAACAACGAAGUGGUCCCAACCUUAAUCUACUCCAGCACUCAAAACGCCACACUCAAGGUGAUGAAGGCAGUCAAUCUUGCUCGGGGGACUCCUGGCGGCGAAUACAAUCCAAACAGCAAAGUCAUCCGAAGGUAUCACGCUUGUACGGGGGACUUGGAGAAGAAAGAUGUAAUUGAUGGGUACGAGUCGGCUGAUUUUUCGUGUAUUUCGUGUACCAUGGCGUUGGGGCUUGGCCAGAACUGGAAGAGGGUUCGUCGAGUGAUCCAAAUCGGUCGAGGUGAUCCAUCUUGCAUCUGCCAAAUGAUUGGUCGAUGUGGACGUGAUGGGAGACCCGGGUUAGCAAUUCUGUUUGUUGAACCAAAGAGGCGGUUUGGCUUGAAUACGUUAGAAGCAAUUUCAAAGGCCGACAAGACCACCGAUGAUGUACAAAUGGAUUCGCUUUCGAUAACCCCUGUUUGCCUUAGAAUUGCCUUUGCGGUUGACAACAAACAUGGUCACAUCCCCAUGAAUUAUGAUGACCCGAAAUACCUAAAAGAAAAAGACCACGAGGAGACCAAGGGUUUUCCAAUUUGUAAAUGUUCGAACUGCUUUCCUGAAGAGGCCAAUUUACUGCGAGCCAACAUGCUGGGCAUCAAAGUGACCAACUUUGAGGAAGCAUUGGAUGAUCCUAAAAAACUGACUGGAGGGCAGCUUACUGCCGAGAUUUCUCCCCUCAAGAAGAAGAAGGUAGAUCAACCCACCAAGUCCAAGGAGUUCCUCCUCAUUUUGGACCAUCUAGCGGUUAUUCUAGUCAAGCGUUUCGACGAAUUUUUUUACGAAGUGUACGGGAAAGCCAGGAGUUUUUCGCCUCACACACUAUUCAGUUUGGUAGAAGCUAAUGUCAUUGCUCAAAGAUUUGAAGACAUCAAAAGUACGAUGGAUAUUGAAGAGCUGAUUGGAGGAGAAGUGAUGGACGGACAACUAGAUGUGCUACAUGAGUGUCUCUCAAAAUUUAAAGAACAGGACAUCGAAUAUAAAACCUAUGUCAGAAAGCAAAAUGAGUACCAAGAAACACUCCAGAAUGAAAUGGAUUGA